CUGCAAAGCAAUCAAGCAUACACAGAAUACUUCGACAAUGUGACAGCCGCUGCAGCGAUUGCGACGGGGGGGGGGUUCUUUUUAUCAGACAUCUCGGUAACAAAGAGGCAAGUGUGCGGAGGGAGCUACCAAAAGUGUAUGGCUCUACUCUCCGGUCCUACAGAACCCUCCCGCAAGAUGUCGCGUUCGCGCCGCAGAAUCGACAGGGAGUGUAUUUCCAACAAGACUCUCAUCAGCGGGCUUCCUUGUCUGAACAGUUGCGAGGCCUGGUCUGAGGCUGGAAGAGACCAGGUAGAACAAGACCUGGAAGGAUCCUUACCUUGGCUUGCGCUGAGCCACCCCCGUAUCUGUACGGCUCACGGCAGAAGGACCCGGCAUGCUGGUUGCCUUGCGAAUUUGUCAAAAAGGCGGUCAAGGUAG